AUGGUCCAUUCAUUAACACAAUCCCCGGAGAAACGUAAAGAAGGAAGUCUCCUGCUGAGUUAUGUUAUGAUUUCCUUUGAUGUCACGUUCCUUUUUAAUUCUAUACCCAAGGAUCCCACAGUUAACACCGUCGAACUACUCCUACGAAGCAAAUACGAUCUUUUGGGUUUCUCUUUCAGGAAGUACUUCGUGUUUGACAGAACGAUUUACGAACAUCUGAAGAAAACACUGAUAGGUUCACCGAUUUCGGUCCUCAUCGCCGAGGCAGCCACACAAAGGGUUAAGGUCGUUAGUUUUCCACCACCACAGGCCGAAAUUCUGGGUGCAGAUGUUGAUGCAGCGGACGUUGAAAGCUGGAUUGCACUCUUGGCCGUCCACCACAAACCUCAGAACAGCGUCUUCCUGGGCAUGCAAUUUACGAUGGAGGAGGAAGAAAACAACCAGUUGGUUUUCCUGGAUGUCCCCGUCUACCACAAAGAAUGUGAUGGCCUAAAGACCAAAGUGUUGAGGAAAGCGAAAAUCACGAGUACUGAGUAUCAACAGAAACCACGCGCAAACACAGUGGUGUAA